AGGGUGGCAUUGUCGACUGCUGCUAAUAUGUGCAAGAAGCUUCCUUCUGAUGCGGCUGAUUUUGUGAUGGAAGCUGUUCCUCUUUUGACAAACCUCCUUCAGUAUCAUGAUGCCAAGGGAGAAGGAUGGUGAUUCCAUACCUGGAGCAUCAUUUCACCGUAAGCGCUAUCACCUACGCAGUGGUAACUUAAAUCCCGAUGAAAAUCUCCUGGACGAUUUGAAGAGUCCAGUUCCAGUAAAAGUGAGUGUGCCACCAUGUUCUGUGGAACCUCCAACAGUUAACUCCAGCAUUCGCUCAUCUGUUAGCUCAGCUGCUAAAAAUUUUAAAGACAGGUACUUUCCUUCUGUUCCGGGGACUGUUGAAGUGGGUGUUAGUGACGAUCUUUUGCACCUGAAAAAUCUUUGCAUCAAGUUGAAUACUGGUGUUGAUGACCAAAGAACUAAGGUAAAGGGAAAAGCUAAAGCUUCUGGAUUUGGUCAGGACAAAAAGUCUGCUAAUUUGGAAGAUUAUUUGAUUGGGGUGAUUUCUGACAUGCUAAAAGAGCUUGGCAAAGGAGAUGGUGUGUCUACUUUUGAAUUUAUUGGAAGUGGUGUUGUUGAAGCUUUGCUUAAUUACUUUUCUUGUGGGUAUUCUUCUAAACAUCGAAUCUCAGAAACCAAUAUGCUCAAGCUUCGGCAACUAGCACUUAUGAGGUUUAAGUCAUUUGUUGCUGUUGCACUACCUACUAACACUGACAAUAGGGUUGCUGCUCCUAUGACUAUCUUGGUUCAGAAGCUUCAAAAUGCUUUGUCUUCCUUGGAGCAUUUUUCUGUUCUUCUGAGUCCCAUAUCUCUGUCGUCUCAGCCUUACAAGUUGCGUCUCUGUCGAGCCCAGGGUGAAAAGUCACUUAAGGAUUAUUCAUCAAGCAUUGUAUUGAUUGAUCCCUUAGCAAGUUUAGCAGCCAUCGAGGAGUUUCUGUGGCCCCGUGUCCAGCGUGGUGAACCUGCUCAAAAGUCUACCGCACCUGCUGGGAAUUUGGCAUCUAGAACGACUCCUACAAGAGCAGGUGCUUCAUCUCCUUCCACUCGAAGUCCCUCCAUUGUCCAUCGUCAUUCUACUAGAUCUAGAACUUCUGUUAGUAUAGGAGAUACUCCUAGAAAGGAACUAUCUCAAAAUAAAAGCACAAACUCAUCUAAGGUCAAGGGCAAAGCUGUAUUAAAGCCUGCACAGGAAGAAGCAAGAGGACCCCAAACAAGGAAUGCUGCAUGGAGAAGAGCAGAUCUCAGCAAAGAUGCUUUCAUGAAACCAACAAAUGCUGACUCAACAUCUGAGGAUGAAGAAUUGAAUAUAUCUCCCGUUGAGAUUGAAGAUGAUGAUAUUUCAGAAGAUGAUAUUUCAGAUGAUGAUGAGGAUGACCAUGAAGAGGUUCUGAGGGAUGAUUCUCUUCCUGUUUGCUCUCCUGACAAAGUACAUGAUGUGAAAUUGGGAGACCCAGCGGAGAGUACCCUGGCCGCGGCAACAAAUGAUAGCUUGACUAAUGUAGCUUUAGCUUCUAGCAGCAAAGUUGGUACAGCCAGGGAGUCUGACUCUGCUGAUUUUAAGAGUGGCCAUUCAUCUAGCUCAAGGGGUGCAAUGUCGUUUGCCGCUGCCAUGGCAGGACUUGGAUAUGCUAAUACAAGAGGUUUCAGGGGUGGCAGAGAUAGACAUGGACGACUGUUUGGAAGUUCAAAUGAGCCUCCGAAAUUGAUUUUUAGUGCUGGUGGGAAGCAGCUCAAUAGAAAUCUGACUGUAUAUCAGGCAGUUCAAAGACAGCUUGUGCUAGAUGAAGACGACGAUGAUAGGUUUGCUAGAAGUGAUUUGAUAUCUAGUGAUGGAAGUGGACCGUGGGGUGAAACUUGCACCAUCACUUAUCAGAGGGCUGAAAACCAGACAAACAGAGAUCCUACUGGAGGAUCAAGUUCAAAUACUUCGAAGGCUGCCAAAUCUGGGUCUUCCUCUAAUUUCAGUUCAGAAGCUAAGUUGCAUCAGACGUCAGUUCUCGACAGUAUAUUGCAGGGAGAAUUGCCCUGUGAUCUAGAGAAAUCUAAUCCUACCUACAACAUUCUGGCACUACUGCGUGUGUUGGAAGGUUUGAACCAGCUUGCGCCUCGUUUAAGGGCCCAAAUGGUUAAUGAUCAAUUUGCUGAGGGAAAAAUCUUUGAUUUUGACGAGCUAGGUGUUACCGCCGGUGCUAGGGUGUCCCCAGAGGAAUUUGUAAGUAGCAAGAUUACUCCAAAAUUGGCCAGGCAAAUACAGGAUGCGCUUGUACUGUGCAGUGGCAGUCUUCCCUCAUGGUGUAACCAGUUGACUAAAGCUUGCCCUUUCUUGUUUCCUUUUGAGACUCGACGGCAGUACUUUUAUUCAACUGCGUUUGGGUUAUCUCGUGCACUCAAUCGACUUCAGCAGCAACAAGGUGCUGAGGGUCUAGGAUCAACAACUGAAAGAGCGACGAGGGUAGGGAGAUUGCAACGCCAAAAGGUCCGUGUAUCUCGAAAUCGGAUUUUGGAUUCUGCUGCAAAAGUUAUGGAGAUGUAUUCUAGCCAAAAAGCUGUGCUUGAAGUGGAAUAUUUUGGUGAAGUCGGCACUGGUCUGGGCCCCACCCUUGAGUUUUAUACAAUUCUAAGUCACGACUUGCAAAAAGUUAGACUGCAAAUGUGGAGGUCUUAUUCUUCAGAGAAACAUCAAAUGGAGGUUGAUGGAGAUGAAAAGAAAAUGAAAAGCUGUGAAGGCUAUGGGCCUAAUGUCCCUGGAGAUGGGGAACUAGUGCAAGCUCCUAUGGGGUUGUUUCCUCGGCCAUGGCCUACAAAUGCUGAUGCAUCAGUGGAUAGCCAGUUUACAAAAGUGGUUGAAUAUUUUCGGCUGCUAGGCCGUGUGAUGGCUAAAGCUCUUCAAGAUGGUCGCCUAUUGGAUCUUCCAUUGUCGGUGGCAUUUUAUAAGCUUAUUCUUGGUCAAGAUCUUGAUUUGCAUGACAUUGUUUUCAUUGAUGCGGAGCUUGGGAAGACUUUACAAGAGUUGAAUGCAAUUGUUCGACGCAAGCAUCAUAUGAAAUCCAUUUGUGAUAACUCUAAUGAUGCUAACACUGACUUUGUUUUUCGUGGCACCCAAAUUGAAGAUCUCUGUUUGGACUUUACGCUUCCUGGUUAUCCAGAAUACAUAUUGAAACCAGGAGAUGACAUAGUUGAUAUCAACAAUUUGGAGGAGUAUGUAUCCUUGGUGGUUGACGCAACUGUCAAGAAUGGAAUCACACGACAAAUGGAAGCAUUCAGAGCAGGGUUUAACCAGGUUUUUGACAUUUCAUCCUUGCAAAUUUUUAAUCCCCAAGAACUGGAUAAUUUGCUUUGCGGCCGCCGAGAGUUGUGGGAGGUAGAGACACUUACUGAUCAUAUAAAGUUUGACCAUGGAUACACUGCUAAAAGCCCUGCCAUUAUUAAUUUACUUACAAUUAUGGGAGAGUUCACUCCAGAACAACAGAGGGCCUUCUGUCAGUUUGUUACUGGUGCGCCCAGGCUGCCACCUGGUGGGCUGGCAGUUCUAAAUCCGAAACUAACAAUUGUGAGGAAGCUGUCGUCAACUGCAGUAAAUACUACAUCUAAUGGGAAUGUGCAUUCAGAAUCAGCAGAUGAUGACUUGCCCAGUGUUAUGACAUGUGCUAAUUACCUGAAGCUUCCUCCUUAUUCUACCAAGGAAAUUAUGUACAAAAAGCUACUCUAUGCAAUCAGUGAAGGCCAGGGAUCCUUUGAUUUAUCAUGAGUUUCUACAACUAACCAACCUAACUGUGGAUGUUAAUAGAGAAAUCACAGUUUGCUCUUGGGGCUCUGUUAUCUAUGUUUUCCACGUCCUGCCCUCGCUUCUAAAAUAAUGAAACUCCUUCUCGAUAGUUCCGUACUCUCUGUUGCAGCUUGUGAAACAUUUCAUAUCUUUUCUUCAAAAUAAUUUGGAGGCUUUCUUCGAUGGAGGCAGUGGAGUCGGUUUGCCAUAUUUUCAAGGUGCAGGGAAUUUAAGAUGCUAUUUUUUCAAUUUUAACCGAUAGAACGUGUAAAUAAAUAGGAAUUAGAAAUUUUGCUUUUUGUUUUUUUAAAUGCUUGAUUAUUCUGUUUGUAAGUCAAAUAAUUUGUAAUCACUAUGUAAGAAAUAAUGUAAGUAAGGAUGACAAAGGGAAGAGAAAUAAUUUCAAAUUUUA